AUGUCAAACCCCGCUCUUCUCAAAGCCGCCGGAUAUGGUUCCAUCGUGUUCGCCCUGAAGCACGCGUCUACCGCAAGACAAUUCCAGAAUCUCCGCCAGUUCCAGGACCUGCCUGAUAUCGCAUACACGUGCAGUACCGUCGGAUGGUACCAAGGCAGCGCCUAUUUGGUUCUAACCGGUCUUCUUAAUCUCAACUGGGCACAAAACCCAGGCACUUUGAAUGAGCCCCUGAACCGGGCUAUGGCUGCUCUGCUUGUGCUUAUUGCUUGGUCUAGCUCGACUUGGUACCUGCGUAGGGGACAGAAGGCGAGUGGGAUUCUCACGGCCGCGGCUGGUAUGUUUCAGGCUUGGGCAGCUUUUCACUGA